AAAGAGGCGAAGACGCAUACGGCGGCCACGUUAAAGAAACACCGGGAGCACUGACAAGCCAGAGCCAAACCGUUCGGCCGGCCUUUGCUUGCUCCCCAACUGUUCGAGGUUAGUGGUUGGCUGGUAGCCAUGCCGCUGCUCGUGCUGCUGCUCUUCCUCGGCCUCGGCGGGCUCCUGCCCGCGGCGACGGCGGCCGACGAGCAGUUCGUCUUCGACGGGUUCAAGGGCGCGAACCUCACCCUCGACGGGAUGGCCACGGUGACGCCGGACGGGCUGCUCCUGCUCACCAACGCCACCAAGCAGCUCAAGGGCCACGCCUUCUACCCGGCGCCGCUGCGGUUCCACCGGACCCCCAACGGCACGGCGAUGCGGUCCUUCUCCACGGCCUUCGUCAUCGGCAUCAUCGGCGCGUACGAGGACCUCAGCAGCCACGGCAUGGCGUUCGUGGUGGCCAAGAGCCGCAACUUCACAUCCGCGCUGCCGGGCCAGUUCCUCGGCCUCGUCAGCUCCGCCACCAACGGCAACGCCACCAACCACCUCUUCGCGGUCGAGUUCGACACCAUCCUCAACUCGGAGUUCAGCGACAUGAGCGGCAACCACGUCGGGAUCGACGUGAACGGGCUCAACUCCGUCGACGCCGACAACGCCGGCUACUACGACGACGCCACCGGCGCGUUCCGCAACAUGAGCCUGGUGAGCCGCAAGGCGAUGCAGGUGUGGGUGGACUUCGACGGCCCGACCAUGCAGGUCAACGUCAGCAUGGCGCCCCUGGAGGUGGCCCGGCCCAGGAAGCCCCUGCUCUCCACCACCGUUAACCUCUCCUCCGUCAUCGACGGCGACACCGCGUACGUCGGCUUCUCGUCGGCGUCCGGCAUCCUCUUCUGCCGGCACUACGUGCUCGGCUGGAGCUUCAACAUGGACGGCGCCGCCCCGGCGCUCAACAUCUCCUCCCUGCCCACCCUGCCGGUCACGUUCCCCAAGCCGCGGUCCAAGACGCUGGAGAUCGUGCUGCCGAUAGCGUCCGCGGCGCUCGUAUUCGCGGUGGGCGCCGCCGUCUUCGCGUUCCUGCGGCGGCGGCGCAUGUACGCGGAGGUCAAGGAGGAGUGGGAGGCCACGUUCGGCCCGCACAGGUUCUCGUACAAGGAUCUUUACCACGCCACCGACGGGUUCAGCGACGAGCGGCUGCUCGGCAUCGGCGGCUUCGGGCGGGUGUACCGGGGCGUCCUGGCGUCCAAGGUGGAGGUCGCGGUGAAGAAGGUGGCACACGGGUCCAGGCAGGGGAUGCGGGAGUUCGUGGCCGAGGUCGUCAGCAUCGGCCGGCUCCGGCACCGCAACCUCGUGCAGCUGCUCGGCUACUGCCGGCGCAAGGGCGAGCUCCUCCUCGUCUACGACUACAUGCCCAACGGCAGCCUCGACAAGUACCUCUACGACCGGAGCAAGAUCCCCCUGAGCUGGGGGCAAAGAUUCCGCGUCAUCAAGGGCGUCGCGUCCGGCCUGCUCUACCUCCACGAGGACUGGGAGCAGGUGGUGGUGCACCGCGACAUCAAGGCCAGCAACGUGCUUCUGGACAAGGAGAUGAACGGCCGGCUGGGCGACUUCGGGCUGGCGCGGCUGUACGACCACGGCACCGACCCGCACACGACGCACGUGGUGGGCACCAUGGGGUACAUGGCGCCGGAGCUGGGGCACACGGGGAAGGCCUCCAAGGCGUCGGACGUGUUCGCAUUCGGGGCCUUCAUGCUGGAGGUGGCGUGCGGGCGGAAGCCCGUGGUGCAGGACGCGCGCGACAACCGGCUGGUGCUGGUGGACUGGGUGCUGGAGCGGUGGCGCGCCGGGGUCGUCACGGACACGGUGGACCCGCGCCUGGCCGGCGACUUCGUCGGGAGCGAGGCGAGCCUGGUGCUGAGGCUGGGGCUGCUGUGCUCGCACCCGCUGCCCGGCGCGCGGCCGGGGAUGCGGCAGGUGGUGCAGUACCUGGACGGCGACGUGCCGCUGCCGGAGCUGUCGCCAACGUACCAGGGCCUCAACAUGCUCGCGCUCAUGCAGGACCAGGGAUUCGACCCCUACAUCAUGUCGUUCCCGAUGACAUCGAUGGGCGCCAGCACCAUCUCUGACCUCUCCGGAGGGAGAUGAGAGUCUUGAUCGUCAAUUGGCUGGAAUUACUAGUUCAGACUUCGAACCCUUUCCGGCUUUCCCCCCUAUUCGAGAAUGCAAAUUCAGAACCUGCUAUGUGUAGAGUAGUAGUGCCCCAGAAUAUAGUGUGGAUGACCUGAAUGUAAAGAUGUGCUCGGUGUAGCAUAAUGUUCAGAUGAUAAAUUACUGACCAGUGACCACAGCUGGAGAUUGAGGUUUGAUCCCCCAAGUCCCAAGCCGCUCCACAUGAGGGAGCGACUGAACUUUGCUUGUAGUUAUAAGGGAGCCUGAGGAUUUCGUACAUUGUUAA